CAACACUGAAAUGUAUUUGUGUUGCAGCCCAACUGGAGGAAACCGAAGGGUAUUGACAACCGUGUGAGGCGGCGCUUCAGAGGGCAGUACCUCAUGCCCAAUGUUGGUUAUGGUUCAGCAGCCAAGACCAAACACAUGCUUCCUAAUGGCUUCAGAAAGGUCCUCAUUCAUAAUGUUCGUGAACUGGAAGUUCUGAUGAUUCAAAAUCGUACUUUCUGUGCAGAAAUUGCCCAUGGUGUUUCCUCCCGUAAGCGCAAGGAUAUCGUUGAGAGGGCAAACCAACUAUCAAUUUGCCUGACCAAUGGAUCUGCGAGACUGCGUACUGAAGAAUCCACUUAAAAUAAAAUUAUGGUUAUGAUUGAA